UAAACAAAACUUUAAAGUGCAAAUGGCAAUGAUGGCAAUUAAGAGCGAAGAGAACUACAGAAAGCGAUCCAUUGCCAUAGUUAACCACGAGACCCCAGAAGUAAGGCGCGUUAAAAGAAGGCGAAGAGACGCAGCAGCACUUACACUGGACUGCAAAAGCGAGCCAACUCAGCAAACGGGUCAAGCUUCGCCAACGACUGUAAACAGAAGUUCUAAGUUUCGCGGUGUGAGCAGACAUAGGUGGACAGGGAGAUAUGAAGCACACUUAUGGGACAAACUUUCUUGGAAUGCUACACAGAAAAAGAAAGGAAAACAAGUUUAUCUUGGAGCUUAUGAUGAAGAAGAAUCAGCCGCAAGAGCAUACGAUCUAGCUGCACUCAAGUAUUGGGGACCAACUACUUUUACAAAUUUCCCAGUAUCUGAGUAUGAGAAAGAGAUUGAAAUAAUGCAGAAUUUGACAAAGGAAGAAUACUUGGCUUCAUUAAGGAGGAAGAGUAGUGGAUUUUCAAGAGGGGUGUCAAAGUACAGGGGUGUUGCAAGGCACCAUCAUAAUGGGAGAUGGGAAGCGAGAAUCGGGCGAGUUUUUGGAAACAAAUACUUAUAUCUCGGAACCUAUAGCACACAAGAAGAGGCUGCACGCGCUUAUGAUAUUGCAGCAAUCGAGUACAAAGGACUAAACGCUGUGACCAACUUUGAGUUGAGUAAUUACAUAACAUGGUUGAAUCCUGGUACACAAACUCGAUCCACAAACCAUGAACAACAAACAACCAUCGAAUCAAAUGUUAUGCCGUCAAAUAACUACAGUUGGUACGAGGAGCCACAGUCUCCAUUUCUGGAAGAACAAAAACCAUCUGAAACUAAAUUACCAUUUACUUCAAGCAAAAGAUCUUCACCAACAGCAGUCGACUUGCUACUUAGAUCAUCUAUGUUUAGAGAACUUGUGGAGAAGAAUUUACAUUCGACUGACGACGACGAGGAAGAAGACAUGAAGACACAAGUGAUGAGACCUUGUUAUGGAAAUGAAGAUGGUCUCAUGUUUCUGGAUUCCUCAAAUGCGAACGAUGUACAGUUGCAGGACGAGUUCGAUUUAAACUACGAUUUUCAAGGAUCAACAUACGCGUUUGGAUUGUCUCCACUUGUUGACACAAGUUGAUAAUGUAUGUAAACUGUUUGAAGUUGAAGGGUGUUUUUGUUUCGAGAUCUUGUUUGAAUGGUAAAUAAUGUUGCACCCUGUAACAUGUAUGAACUCUUUCAAGGCAUUUUUUGAAACUACUUGUAUAAAUA